AUGUCGACGACGACGCAACGUUGUUCGUUCCUCUCCGGGUGUUGUUCGACGUCGUCCAGAUCUUCCGCGUUUACGACGGCGAGUACGCGGGAGAAGAAGAAGAAGAAAACCAACCACGGACAAAGAAGAAGAAAAGCCAUCGUCGUUGUGGUCCAAAAUGCGAUAUCUGAACCACCGGAAACGGAGGAGGAAAAAACGUACAACGGCGCGUUAUUCCCGGGCGUGGAAAUCCCGAGGGAUAACACCGAGGCCGCGUUGAAGAAGUUCUCGCGGAUUUUCCCGUGGGGGAACGGCGCGCCGAUAACGGAGAAAGUUUUGUUUGAUUUGUUAAAGGAGGAAGUGCGGAGCGCGCCUUUGUUUGUGCCUUUGUACCAGUACUAUCGAGACUACGGCGGGGUGUAUAAUCUCGGCGCCGGACCGAAAUGGUUCGUGGUGGUGUCCGACCCAACCGUGGUGAAAUACAUGUUCAAAGACAACGCGGAUGCGUUCUCUAAAGGCAUUUUGACGGACAUCAUGCAACCGAUUAUGGGCGACGGUUUGAUCCCGGCGAAUAAAGAGUUGUGGGCGAAGAGAAGGCCAGUGGUUGGAAGCGCCUUUCACGGGACGUGGUUAAAACACAUGACGGACUUGUUCGGGAGGAGUGCGAUGAAUUUGAGCGAUAAGUUGGAAAAACACGGGGAGACGGAACAGAUUGAGAUUGAGAGCGAGUUGUACGCGAUGGCGUUGGACGUCAUCGGCGAGGCGGUGUUUAAUUACGAGUUUGGCGCGUUGAACGAAGAGACGCCGAUUAUUAAAGCCGUGUAUAGAGUUUUAAGAGAAAGCGAACAUAGGAGCACGUUUCCGUUACCGUAUUGGCAAAUUCCCGGGGCAAUGGAGGCGGUGCCGAGACAGAAACAAUUUAGCGAAGAUAUCGAGAUGAUCAACGCGGAGUUGACGAAACUGAUUCGAGAGGCGUUGGAGAAUAAACAAGACGUGGAUUUGAGCGAAUUUGAAUCGAGAGAUUAUAAGAACGUGUCGGAUGCGUCUUUGUUACGAUUUUUAGUGGAUAUUCGCGGGGACGAGGCUUCGGAUAGGCAAUUACGCGACGAUUUGAUGACCAUGCUCAUCGCCGGACACGAAACGACCGCCGCGGUGCUCACGUGGACCAUCUUUUGCCUUUGCAAACACCCAGACGUGAUGAGAAAAGCAGCACAAUCGAUCGAUGAGAUUGUGCAAGAUCCAAACGGUAUCCCCACGGUGGAAGAAAUACGAAAACUUCGCGACGUCCGCAUGUGUCUCGUGGAAGGCAUGCGCCUCUAUCCGGCGCCUCCCAUCCUCAUCCGCCGUGCGAUCGAAACCGUCGACUUACCCAAAGGCGGCAUGGGGAAAUCCAUCCAACUGAAGAAAGGCACGGAUUGUUUCAUCGCCGUCUGGAAUCUUCACCGCUCCCCUGACCACUGGGAAAAUCCAGACCUUUUCGACCCUUCGCGAUGGGACCGCAAAUUCACCAACCCAAAAAUCGAAGGCUGGAACGGCUACGACCCCGAAUUAGUCACCGGGUUAUACCCGAACGAAGUCGCCACGGACUACGCGUACGUCCCAUUCGGUGGCGGGCAGCGCCGGUGCGCCGGCGACGUCUUCGCCAUGAUGGAAGCGACGGUCGCGUUGAGCGUCUUGCUGAAGAAAUUUUCCUUCGAGCUCGCGUGCGACGAGAAAGACGUGCAGAUGAUCACCGGCGCGACCAUUCACACCAAGAAAGGUUUGCCCGUCAGAGCUAAGAGAAGGAAGCAGCCGUGA